AUGUUUUCUUGCAUCAUCUGGGGACUCCUGUUGGGAUCCUUGGCCUCUGCUGUGCCACAACACGAGUCAAAAAGGGUAGCUCCUACACUUCCGUUAUCCACCAAGGGUCGAGACAUCAUCGACGCUAAUGGAAAUGUCUUCCACUUCAUGUCGACGAACUGGCCGGGCCAUCAGGAGAUCAUGAUACCCGAGGGCCUUCAACACUCCUCGAUCGAAAAAAUUGUAUCUUGGUUCCCAAAGCUCGGUCUUAAUUCUGUGCGGAUGCCAUUUGCGAUUGAGAUGGUGGACGACUACUUGGCAAAUAGCCCUAAUCAGACUCUGGAGAGGAGCGUCCUAAGAUCUAUUCCUGGUACUAAUGGAACAAAGGUUUUGGACUCCAUCUUGAAAAACAAUCCGCAAUUCACGAAAAAUACCACUAGAUUGCAGGUUUGGGAUGCCGUCGCCAAAGAGUUAGCGCGCCAAGGUAUCGUUCUCCACCUUGACAACCACGUGAGCAAGGCCUUCUGGUGCUGCGGCGAGAACGAUGGAAAUGGUUGGUUUGGAGAAAAGUACUUUGAUGCCAAGGAAAAUUGGCCCACGUUUUCCUCGAUGGGUUUACGCAAUGAGCUGCGGAACGCCAAGGGCGCUGAGCCUGUAGACUGGUACACGUGGUACAUCCACAUGACGAGUGCUGCCAAUGCCGUCUAUCAAGCUGACCCGGAUGCCCUGAUAUUCUUCUCUGGACUCUCCUACGAUACCUAUAUCGACCCUAUCCCACUCGGCAAAACGCUUAGCGGAACUGCUGGUACUUCUACUGCUAAUAAGAAGGCUACGUUUGUCUCAAGCGACUUUGCGUGGAAGAACAAGAUUGUGCUGGAGAUUCACAAGUACGACUUUGAGGGAACGAAGGACGACUGCCAGACGUUCAAGAGAAAAUGGUACCAGAGUGGAUUCCAGGCGGUCAAUGCCAGUGACCCUGCGACCAAGUACGUCUUUCCAAUGGUCAUUUCCGAGUGGGGCUUCAUCAACAACGGCGUUUACUGGAACCAAACAACAUAUGCCAAGUGUCUGGUCGAGAUGGUCAAAGAGUACAAGGUUGGCUGGCAACAUUGGGAGCUUUGUGGUAGCUUCUAUCUUCAAACGCGACCAAAUAGGCAGCCCAAUACACUUGUUGGGGCAGAUGAAGCUUGGGGUAUACUGAACUACGACUGGUCGGCUAUCAGGUCACCUGUCACUCUUGAAAAUAGUCUGUUCAAGAUGAUUGCCGCCUUGAAAUAG